GUGGUGGGCAGCGUUCAGCGCAGCUCGUUGGGAUGGCGGGCACCCCGGCCUCUGGCGCUACUCGGUUCUCCUGCCCCCCCAAUUUUACAGCAGUAUCUCCAGACUCGGAUCCCCCUCGUUUCUCCUUGGAGGCGCUGACGUUUCCAGAUACAGAAGUGUGGCUUAUCCAAGCCCCUGCAGACUUCACCCCACAGUGCCUCAAUGGGCGGCGUGUGCCUCUCUCUGGCUCGAAGACUGUUAAGGGCAAACUGGAUGGCAAGAGGUGCCGAUACCGGGUCCUUACCAGCAGCCCUCAGGCUGGAGAAACCACCUUGCUGGCAUCGUCAACAGAGGCAGGAGGAAGACUCACUUGCGCCCCGGCCCCCCAUGGGAGCAUAAGGAUCAUGGAGGGUCUUCAAGAAUAUCUUAUCUCUCGGGUCCCCCUGCAGCCCAUUCCUACAAGCCUUCCACCUCAGAUCCCUGCCGGCCUGCGGCCUCGGUUCUCUGCCUUUGGAGGCAGCCCUCCGGUCACAGGGCUGGGGUCAAUCAUGCCUCUGAGGUCACCCUCUUCAGGGAAGAGGAAAAAGAAGAGGAAGGUUGCAGAGGCCUCAGAUAUUCAAGAGACAGUCAACGGGCAUGGGGCUAUGGAGGUGGACACAGCCUCGAGUGGCCUAGAAAUGAGGAAGAAGAAGAAAAGGAAGCAUCAGGUGGGCGAGGUAGAGAUGUUGGAGGCUGAGACAGUAGAGUCCAUGGCAGAGAUGACGGAGCCCAUGGGACUGCCAUUGCCAUCUGCCAGCAGCAGCAAGAAGAGGAAGAGCAAGUCCACGGGAGCAGAGAUGUUCCAGCGAAAAGAGGAGCUGGAACACAUGGAAUCUGUGGCGGAAACAGAGCCUCCUGAUGGGACCAUCCUGUCCCCCACCAAGAAGAGAAAGAGGCAGAAGGAGGCUGAAGGGAUGGAAGCAGUGGAGGCCAUUGUGGCUGGCUCUCAGCUACAGAUCACUGUGGAACCCCAGGAGGAAGCCAUCCCACUGUCCCCCACAAAGAAGAGGAGAAAAGAAAAGAGGCAGAAUUUGGUGAUGGAGUCAGAUAUGGGGCUCCCCAGAGUGACCACAGAGCCUGAACUUUCCGAACAUGGGCUUCAGGCUGAGGCAGCUCCUGUGUCUCCCAAGAAGACCAAGAAGAAGAAAAAGGAAAAGUGGCUGGGCGAGACGCUGGCCUUGGAGGCAGAGGUGUCAGAAGCUGUGCUUGCAGCUAACUUUGAGCCCCAGGUGGCUCCAGCACCCAGCAAGAAGAAAGAGAAAGGACAGGUGAUAGAUCCCCCGUCUGAGAUGGCUGACCCAAGAGAAUCCGAGGAACCUGAGGCUGGAGCAAUUCAAGGAUCCACAAAGAAGAAGAAGAAGAAGAAGCAUCAGGAAAGUGGGGUGUAAGACACUGUUCCCCACUGAGAGAUGUCUCCCAU